GAUGCUAGUGCGUCGGAACGCACCAGAAGUAACCAGCAAUCCUUGAUGAAGAACGCAAAGCUAUUGUCCUUAUAAAUAUAAAUAGCGACUUUUGUUGUUUUUGAAACAACGUCUUUAAGAUGAUAUUUGUGAGAAGGUCUCUACGAUUUAAGCACAUGGCUUUUACAAAAACAUAUCGAGGAUAGAGCUGGAAAGCCACAGGAACAUUCUGAACGGCGGCGCGCACACGUUUUGGACCUAUUUUCUGGAGACCACCGGCCGAUGCUGUAACGCAAAUUGGAUAAAAUGCCUGCUCUGUUGGCGAAAAUGAGCUCGAGAAGCGCCUGGUGGUUCUAUGCAUUCAGUGUCGUUGUUUUGAGUAUUUGUGGAUCCACACAUGCAGCAAAAAGUUGUAAUGGACCAUUGCUAUCAGUUUUGCCUGAGUCAUCCUUCAAAAGCUCUUCAACAUCCUCCAACAGUCAGCUGCCUCACACCGCAAAGCUGAACAGAAGAGAGGGAGAGGGUGGCUGGGCCCCGGAGCGGUCAGACAGGCAGCCUUGGCUCCAGCUGGACCUCAGGGAGAAGAUGGAGAUCACGGCCAUCGCUACACAGGGCCGUUCAGGGAGCUCUGACUGGGUGAGCAGCUUUAUGCUGCUGUUCAGUGACUCUAGCCUGGCUUGGAAGCAGUACGGACAGAGCGAAGACACUGGGACAUACAGAGGGAACACAAACUCAGAGGGUGUGGUCCAACACAAGCUGGUCCAUUCCAUCACAGCUAGGUUCCUACGCUUCAUCCCACUGGACUGGAGCACUACAGGAUGGAUCGGCCUCAGAGUGGAGGUCUAUGGCUGUGCAUACAAGUCAGAUGUGGCAAACUUCAAUGGCAGGAGUGCUCUGUUGUAUCGGUUUAACCAGAAGUCCCAGAGAACGGUGAAGGAUGUGAUCUCCCUCAGGUUUAAGAGCUACGGGGCAGAUGGGGUGCUGGUGCACGGGGAGGGGCACAGAGGAGACUACCUGACAUUGGAGCUGCACCACGGGACCCUGGCUCUGCACCUCAACCUGGAUGACGCUAAGCUCUACCCCAGCAGUGGGAAUGUGUCAGUGGGCCUGGGCAGUCUCCUGGAUGACCAGCUCUGGCACUAUGUCCUAGUUAAACGCUCCAACAAGCAGGUCAACCUCACCGUGGACGGGCACACACUUCACCUCAGCACCACAGGUGUGGAAGACUCACUGGAGGUGGACUAUGAGCUCAGCUUUGGAGGAAUUCCUAUACCCGGUAAACCAGGAAGCUUCCUUAGGAAGAACUUCCAUGGCUGCAUAGAGAACCUCUACUAUAAUGGAGUCAGCAUUAUCAACCUGGCCAAGCGACGCAAGCUCCAGAUCCACAGUGUGGGCAACGUGACCUUCUCAUGCUCUGAGCCCCAGCCUCAGAUGGUGUCCGCCACCUUCCUGUCCUCCAGCGGUAGCUACCUGUCUCUACCCCUGGGGCCUCUUGGGGUGUGGGGGCUGGACGUACACUUCCACUUCAGGACCUGGAACCAGGAAGGACUUCUGUUCUCCACCGGCCUGGCACAGGGAUCACAGCACCUGGUGUUGCAAAUCAGCGGAGGUCAAGUGCACCUAAUGGUCCAUGGAGCUGCUGAGCAGAAAACCAACAUUUCCAUAGAAGUCGGUGUAACUGAUGGCCUGUGGCAUUCUGUUAGUCUGAGCUACAGAGAUCGGAUGGUUUCCCUGGUCUUGGACAAUGAGCCAACAUCUACCGUGGACGUACAAAGUCAUGCAGACUCAGGCAAUAGUGUAUUUUUUGGAGGUUGUCCCCAAUACAGUGGUGACUGUAAGAAACCUACUGUGGCCUUCCAAGGGUGCAUGCGUCAGAUCUUCCUAAACAACCAACUUAUGGAUCUACCCCAUGUGCAGCAAGGGCUUUUGGGUAAUUACAGCAAGCUUCAGUUCGACAUCUGUGGGAUCCGCAACAGAUGUCUGCCUAAUUUUUGUGAGCAUGACGGACGAUGCACCCAAUCAUGGGAUACUUUCUACUGUGACUGCUCAGGGACAGGCUACACUGGAGAAACCUGUCACAACUCUAUUUAUGAAGCGUCGUGUGAGGCACACAGACAAAUGGGGAGUACCUCUGGCUACUUCUACAUUGAUCCAGAUGGGAGUGGUCCUCUAAAGGCAGCACUGGUCUACUGCAACAUGACUGAGAACAAGGUAUGGACAGUGGUGGGCCACAACAACAGGGGGUCUGUGAAUGUGACUGGAGCCACAACAAAGAAGCCGUAUGUGAUGCGGUUCAACUACACUGUCUCCCUGGAGCAGCUCCGCACUCUGAUUGGACGGUCUGAGCACUGUCAACAGGAAGUGGUCUACAGCUGCAGGAAGUCCCGUCUCUUCAAUACUUGGGACGGGAGGCCCCUGUCGUGGUGGCUGGACGGAAGUGGAGAGAAACAGACCUACUGGGGAGGCUCUGUACCUGGGGUCCAACAGUGCUCCUGCAGCCUGGAGGAGAACUGCAUCGACAUGAACUACUUCUGCAACUGUGAUGCAGACACUCACUUGUGGGUAAACGACACAGGAUUGCUGUCCUACAAAGAUCACCUACCACUGACUGAGAUUGUAAUAGGAGACACCAACAGGACAGGCUCAGCAGCUGUAUACAGAGUCGGCUCCCUUCACUGCAACGGUGACAGGUUCCUGUGGAAUGCAGCCUCUUUCUACACCGGGUCAUCAUCCCUCCACUUCCCUAAGUUCCAGGCUGAGCUCAGUGCGGACAUCUCUCUGUACUUCAAGACCACAGCUUCCUCUGGUGUUCUCCUGGAGAACCUGGGGACCACUGACUUCAUCACGCUGAAGUUGACCAAUCCCUCAGCUGUAACAUUCAUCUUUGACGUGGGAAAUGGCCCGGUGGACUUGACGGUGACGUCCCCUGUCCCCCUGAAUGAUAAGCAGUGGCACUACGUUAGGGCUGAACGCAACUUGAAGGAGGCCUCCCUGCAAGUGGACCAGCUGCCCCUACACACUCUGGAGGCCCCCUCUGAAGGGCACUACCGUCUGCAGCUCAAAAGCCUACUGUUCAUAGGAGGAUCCACCUUCAAAGAGAGCACUUUCCUGGGCUGCAUCCGUGCGUUGACCCUGAACGGCGUGACCCUUGACCUAGAGGAGCAGGCCAAGUUGACCCCAGGAGUGACCCCAGGCUGCCUGGGCCACUGCAACGGCUCUGCUAGUGUCUGUCAUAACAGAGGGCGGUGUAUGGAGAAAAACAGUGGAUAUGUCUGUGACUGUACACACUCUGCCUACAAUGGACCACACUGCAAGAAAGAAGUGUCAAUGUCCUUCGAGAGUGGCUCCUCGGUGACUCUUACCUUCCAGAUGCCUUUCCCAGUCAUGCACAACAGAGACCGAGGUAGCCAGUCGUCUAGCCGUCAGCCAAUCAAUAGCCAGUCCUCUAGCAGUCAGCCAAUCCAUAGCCAGUCCUCAGCCAUCUAUGCCCACGACGGCGAGUCCAGAGAAAACGUUGCCUUCAGCUUUCUGACGACUCACACCCCUGCCAUGUUACUCUGUGUCAGCACCUACCAUCAACAGUACCUGGCUAUCAUCCUGGCUAACAACGGGAGUCUGCAGAUCUGGUACCGUCUGAACAGAGAGGAGAGAGCAGAGAUCUUUACUCCCAAAGUCUCCAGCCUAGCCGAUGGGCAGCUCCACCGUGUCCAAGUACACCGGGAAGGCAAAGACCUUUAUGUCCAGAUUGACAAAGACAUCGACCAAAAAUACAACCUUUCUUCUGACAUGAAGAUGAACACACUACGAUCUCUGACUUUAGGUAAAGUCACAGGUACAUCAGCAGGACAUGCUGGUUUGGAUGAGGAAGUGCUUAGGGCAGGAUCCAAGGGUUUCAUUGGCUGCCUGUCGUCUGUCCAGUUCAAUCAUUUGACACCGCUGAAGACAGCCAUUCUCAGUCGUGGAAGCUCAUUGGUCCAUGUUCUUGGCAAUCUAGUUGAAUCGAACUGUGGAGCCUUGGCUGAUAGUACAACUUCACAAUCAGCAUCUGAGGGUGUCGAUAGGGGUGUAGAUCGACUGAAGAAGACAAGAAGUGAUUCAGCAGUCAUUGGAGGUCUCAUCACAGCUGUGUUCCUCAUCACCCUCUGUGCCGUAGCCGUGACGUCGUGCUUCCUGUACCGCCGCUGCAGCCACAGCCACACCCACACCCAACCCCAGGAGAAGGCCUCCAUCUCACAGAAGAAGGAUUCCAGACACAGCCCGGAACACAGCUACCCUGCAGGCCUGGAGAACAGCUAUCCUGUAGACUUGGUCUUGGAUCUAAACCUGGACCUGCACAGCUCUGUGAGUCACAGCAGAAAGGAGUACUACAUCUGAUGCCACCAUAGCCUUCUUUGCCCAAUUUCCUGCCUCCUGUUCCACACUCUGUUCUGCAUGGCCUCAAAUACAGAACAGGCCCCUCUGGGUAGAGCAGCCAUUCAUCACAAAACCCAGUGGUGAUCCAUUCCCUGUGUGGCUACAAGAAUGACCCAAUGGAGGAUGGUCAUGCCACAGUGUUAUAUCUCAAAGGCUGUUUAUUGGAGCAUGGGAGCUGUACCUCUUUUGAUGAGCGAUGACAAUUGGAGAACAUUUAUUGUGUAUCUACUUCCUAUUACAUUGCUCUAAAGUCAGGAGACAAAAAGCCUCAAUGAAUCGGAUCCACCCCAGUGACUUUAUAAGCCCGCUUUACAUAGGCUUCCAUUCUGAAUGUACAAUUAAAGGGAUUUAUUCAUUUGGGGUUGGUUGGGCACCGGUACUCUAACUCACUUACUUGUAUUCACUUGUGGAUCAUGAACGUGAUAAUGACUAAUUAAUGAUGUUCGACCAUCUGCCAAGGCAAGGUCUGGGAAAGCAAUGCACCUGCUCUUGCUCCCUGGCUAACUGAUCAAAUCUCACUGAAAAGCAUUGUGACUAUGUGCCAAGGUCUUUGUGGCUGGCCCCUUUUGUUCUCGGAACACGUCGUUUCUUUUUCUGUUCCCAGUAUGUUUGUUGCGAACCUCACUGCCAAUAACCCUCGUCCACCAUCACCGACAUCCCCCUCGACAUGUUAUGCUUUUAUGAAUCACCAAAGGGUGUUGCAGUAAACUGAUACUAGAUGUCUGAAAGUCCAAAUGUAGUACGGUACAGCGUUAUGUGAUUGUGCUAGUAACUUUUGAAGUGAAUUGUCUCUCGACCUGUAGGAGAUAAUCAGAGGGAAUCUAGGGUAUAAAGGUAGGUUCAUUCUCAGGAGAGCUCUUGUCCUGGUUGAUGUUGUGAGUUUUGUUGAACAGAGAUGUACAGUGUUGUACAAAUUUGCUGCGGUCUCCUCCACAAUCCAUGUUACUUGCUCUUACAUUGGUAAAACGGCAAGGCUUUAUAUUUUGCACAAUUAGCAAACCAACAGAACAAGUAAAUUGUACAACAAAUCUGUUUUAGCAAGCUUGCAAGCUAUACAAAGGAAACAUGUAUUCAGGGGAUGAUUUUCCAUCAUGAAAGACGCAUGAUAAAGGAUUGUUAUUGCCUGGUUAUAUUAUUUAAAGUGCAUUAGGUCAUUUAUCUACAGUAUUUUAUUGUAAAAGAUGUACAAACAUCACUGACACAAUUAUUGAAUCCAAUUCAUUUAAAUAUUGCAUUUAUUUUGAAUUUGUUUUAUAGAAUUCUUCAGGUAUAUUGUAAACAAAUGUAUAUUUAAUAAAGACAUUUUUACAGCUU